AUGGAUAAUCUUCUGCAAGCUAUACCAUUUGCGUCGGUAGUCCUGCAGGAACACGUUUGGGAUUUCCCCUACCCUUCUCUGGUUGCGACGACAACCGAGCCCAGCAGUGGACGUAGAACCGCGCGCGAUGCUGCAACAAACGACUCUGAGGCCCUGAGCGAGUGGGAUACCGAGCGUGCUCGUGUAGUCGGGUUAGGUAAUAUACGACCCUACGGCCAUCCUUACCGAGCUGUAAUAUUGAUACUGUCUGGUACAGAAUUGUUCUUGUCUUUCCCCCCUGUUCGCCCCUGCCUAGAUAAAGCUGCUCGUUUCCUGCUCCUGUAUCCAUCAAAAUCGAGCCACAACUCCCUUCGAUUACUUAAGAAGCCGGCUGGCCAGCUCUCCACACUCAACCUCCUUCUCAGCCUUCACGUCAUUGACCUCCCCACACCCUCUCUGACGGAGAUAACUACCUCUACUCCGUCCAAGAUGGGUCCAACAAAGCCAGUUCUCCCACCCCUAUACACGCCGAAGAACAUGACCUUUCCCUCCGAGCUUCGGGAACGGACCUGGACAUGCCUUGACAUAGACAGACCGAUCAAAGAGGAAGGAAAAGACGUCGAGACCGAGAAGGUCGAGAAUGUCACCAUCACUCCUCCACCGGCCUACACAGAAUUUAUCAACACUUUCAGUCCAAUCUUUUCGAGUUCUGCGAAUUCUCGAGAGAAUUUUUACAAGUACAUGUCCGACAAGCCUCGUCCUUCUCCCUCGUCCCCACCUCUCACUGCUACAUCUGCUACCUUCCCAAGCGGAAAUUCACCCAAGGCCAUCACUGCUACCGUGCCUACCCAAGCACCUCGGGUUGCACGGCCUACUAAAAGUCCUAUUCAUGCCCAGCGCAUGCGCCUUCCUGCACCAUACCUCUAUACCCCAGUGUCUGCGUCCCCGCGGAGUGCACACCCCCUCCGUUCCCCUUUUACUCCAUCAGACCGGAGACAGCGCUUCUUCGAAUCACCCGUCAGUGAGAAUGGAAACACCUUUUGUGUGCGCCAUAUCGUGACCACUACCAUCACGUAUAAACGGACACCUCAGCUCGACCCACCACCGCUGGGCAAGCGGAGGAAGAACGUCAAUCGCCGCACUACAUAG